UUUCUUUUUUUUUUCCCUUUUGGCGUUCCAUAGUUUUGGGCUCCCAUAAUAUUUUGUGUUCCUAACUUUGACAAUCAUUAACAAUAUUAUCCCUCAUUUAGUACAAGUAUCCACCGUUGCCAGUUUUUCAAGGACUUGUUUGAAAAUGGGAACAAAUGAGCAUCGAUGUCAACAAUCAACAAAAGGUGAAAAAUGGCGUCCAGUGCUUUGGAUGGUCUUCCUAAACAAUUUGUAGCUUCAAUGAAAACUCUUUUUGAUGUUAUGGACGACAGAAAUACUGGAUUUGUUAAACUUACAGAUUUGGAGAAUUUUUGGAGUGAAGAAGGCCUUGCUGGACUUCCUAAAGGUGUGAUUGAGAGCUUGCGUAAAGUGACACCCUCAUCUGGCUUGCUUUCAUUUGAAAGGUUUUGUGCUGGUCUGAAAAUUUGUCUGCUUAGAUAUCAAUCUGAUCAACAGAAAGUUCCCUUGCGGUCUCCUUCAGCUCCUAUUUUGGAUCUGGAAAAUGGGUCAACGCCACCACCAAUCCCUCCACCCAUACAUCCUCGUAGUCCAACAGCAACUGUACCCCCAAAUAAUGCCAUGAUGUUACAUAGCAGAACUCUUAGCAUGCCUUUAUUGGCAGCUAAUCAACAACCUGUGACUGAUGAAGAGCCACCACCUGUACCAGUACACAUGAGAAAGCCAGAAACAUCUUUGGCUAUAAAAGAAAGAAGAGCCGGAAUUCACAGUGUUUAUGGGAAUGUCCCAUUAUUCAGAAACACUCCACCCCCAUUGGUUCCAAUGAUGGGGCCCCCAAAGCCUCCUCGUGUAGUGCAACCGUCUGGCCCUCAAAACAACGUCAUUACCAAUGGAGCGCUGAUGAUGAGAACGCGAUCAGAAAUAUCCGCUCGCACCAGUGGUCCAAACAAAAUGAUUCCAGUUGAUGGUAAAAAUCAGCUACCAGUGGCUUCUAUAGCAGAGAGAUUAAUCGCUAAAGCUGAAGUAAGAACAGCGCUUCAGCAAUGGCAGUUGGCUCAAAUGGAUUCCGAAAAAAAUGGGGGGAGUAAUAAAAAUGUUUCUAAUGGACUAUCUGCUAAAAGAAGAGAACCUCGGCGUCAUACUUUACAAAAUGGAAUUGACCAAAGCAUGUUGCGGAGGAUUCACAUAUUAGAACAAGAGCGGCAGGUGCUGACGAGUGGUAUGCAGGCGUUAGAUAAAGCUCGAGACUGGUUCAACUCACAGUUGAUCGAUGUUAAUGAGAGAAUCAAGUCAUUUGGGAAGUCCAGCAUUGGCUCAAGUGAUUAUUCCACUGAUGCAGCGUCAGAGCGUUUAGGCUUUAAAAUAUCCCGAAUUGAGGAGGUUAGCCGGCAACUUCUCGUGUUGAUCGACAGUGCUGACCGUGGAUUUCCUGCUCACAUGAAUCUUGCUUUAGCUGACCGUAAUAAAGUACCAAAGCUUCCUGGUGAUGGCGCUGUCGAUGACAACAACGACGAGGAAGUCAACCGCAUCCUCCGGCGUUUAAAAACCCAGAAUCAUCAAUUGACAGAGGAGGUUGGCCGAAAAAGUGAACGGAUCACGAUGCUGGAGAAAGAAAAGGGUUCUCUCAUCCGUGAAUUAUUCCAAGUGCGAAGUCAACCAACUAACCGCAUAAUUGGCGGUCAUGUAAUACCAGACGACAAUACGCUCAUGUAAGAGUCAAACGGAGCACUCACGAUUGACAAAGAGCCUGUUAUAUUUUUCACCAAUAUACUUUUGAAUAGCCACGAAAUGAACAAAACGAAAGAAUGACUUGACAAUCCCGUAAAAAUAUUAACCCUUUUUUAAAACUUACUCGCAAUCUCUAUUUGUUGACUUUACACUUAAUAUUUCUUGUAAUACAAUACCGUUGACAUUCUGUAUAACAA